CAGCAAUUUUAGACCCAUGUAUAAGUAUGGUACAUACUCUCUGAGAUUCUCCGAUAAAAGUCAAUGGGAAAUGAGCUUGGAGCCCAGGGUUGAGAAGAAAGACUACUUUGAUGCAAUAAAAAUUUAUUUUGUCUUUUUAUCUCAUGAAUGCUACAUCUGAUUUCAAUUCUUCAUCCUAAAGAAAUUUGAGAGAUGUUUUGUUUCCCCAUAGGAACCCCCAAUAUAUUUUUGAUCUGGCCUCUUUGCUCUGCACUUCCAUGAGAUAUUAAAUCUCUUUACAUAAUGGAAGAAACUGGUGCUUCGACUUCACAGUUCACAAGAGAAGAAUCUCUUGAGGAAAAGAAGGUGAGAGUUGGCAUUUCUGAUCUAAAUGUUUACCAAAAGGUUAUUAUAAUCCCUCUUAAAUUGGUUGUGAGCAACUGCAUGGUCAAUUUAGGAUUUAUGAUGCAUCUUUCAAAAUCUGCUCACUCCUUUAUCUGCCAAGCCCAGUGCAGUGUCUAGUUGCCUGGCCUCCUCUGAUCCUAACAACCAAACAAAGUUAAUGACCAAAUUGAAUGACAUCUGGUCCAAACCUGUCAAAUCUCACAAAACCUCACUAGAUACCACUUAACUAACAAAUUCAGCCCAAUUGACCCAGAUUAUCAACCUUAAAUUACCUGAACUUUAUCAUCACUAUUACAUUUAUCAACUUUCCCCAAACCUCUGCAUGAUCAUGUGAUAGUUAUAAUGUUGCCAACAGUAGCACCCAUGUAACCUGACCAACUGAUCAUCAACCGUAUCUACCUUGCAACCUUACAACCUGUUAUCAACUAUUGACAAUAGACUCUACCAACUUCACCUUCACCUCACAAACCCUUCACCCUUAAAUCAAUUUCACCCAUCCCAGGAACCAAAUCACUCACGGAAAUCACUAUGACCAAAGUCACUGUGUUACUGUAAAUACCUGUAAUACGAAUGAAAUGAAUAAAUAAAUGUUCAUCGUGUAUUUUCUUUAAAUUUAUAACAAGAUCGAAAAAGUGUGAAUUCUGGGUGAAGAUUUGACUGACUCUUUUCUUUUGUAGGGCCUGGCUGAAGAAAAAUGCCCUGGACAAGAUGACAACAAUGACAUGGUAACUGCCGAUUCCAACAACGAAGAGGUGUGAAAAAGUAUCAUAUGUUUUCAUCAAUCAAUUAGUGAAGGGAGGUCUUUAUUCACGGUUUUUAAUGUAUCGAUCAAUUCGAAGUUUAAUAUCCCUUUCCCGGGCAUUUGAACUUUUGCCCCCCCCCCCCUUUGGGGCAAAAUUGUGUUUAAAUGCCCGACCCAAUUUUUUUUGUAAAAGGCAAAAUCAACGACCGUGACUCCCUAGACACGGACCAAGCUUAAAGGCUAGACCUUGUAGACCCUUUUUUGGCCAUUCGCACGCGAAAGUAAAUUAUUUACCCUUGACACCUCCAUAUUUAAAGAUAACACUUGUAUUCCGCUGGAAAGACUGGACACUACCGGUUCUAAUUCCCCAUUCCCAGCCAAGCAAGGUCGUCACUGGGUUGCCCGAGGGGGGGGGAAGGGAUUUUCAAGCGGCCUAGAAACUAUCGACGCUUGACAGACGUGAAAACUUUCUUAAGUCUUUUUUCUAAAUACUGAAUGAAAAGCCGUCAAAACACUAGAAAAUAUGAAAAAUAUAUUUAUAAAUUCAAAGAGACCCAAAACAUUUCUUUUCACAAAGCAUAUCUGUGAAGACUGCAGAAAAAGAAACGGCUGUACUGGAAUGAUUACAUCAGAAGUGAAUUUUGUCUGUGUGCUUCUUAGCAGUGACGGAAUUUUAUAAUAAUGUGAACUUCUAAAGUUUUUUUAAAUCCAAACACGAGUUAGCGCUGGCGUGACACGGAUCUUUGUUGCUAUUGUUGUUGUUGGUGGUUUUUUUUUCGUUUGGUUAACUGUUUGUAGAAACGAUGCUGCAAUUUUUGCCAAAAAGAGUGCCAAACCCACUUCAGUCACAAACUUAUUAGAUGAUUUAGUUUAAUACUUCAAAUUUUUUUUUCGUCAGGUCUGAUUCACUGUUAAAAAUACGAACACACACCUUCCCUCUUGAACGACGCACGCCAUUUAUGUAAUUUUUUAAUUGUAGGAAACUAAGGACGACAACUUAAGAUCUCUUAAAAACAGUCAUCUUGAGGGGAUAAGUCUACAGACAGAGCCAAUCGAGGAUGAGAAGGGUUUUGAUCAACGUGAAAAUGCAUCGAAACAAUUAAAUGAGGUAAAUAUUGAUGACACUUUUAUCCAGGUGCCUUGCUGUUCUUGUGCCUGGCUCUAAUUAUAUUAUAUACGUAGGGAAGAACUGAUUACGACUGGCUAUUUGUUCUUACCUUUGUUAGAUUCAUUUACCCACAGAGGCUAACAGCCCUUUUGAUUAAAAUGUCUUCAAAUCACCGUCAGACACUUUUCAGUGUUUCGUAACUGUUGCACCCAGCUAAGUUCAUUUUUACCAACAUUUAAUACUGCAAUGAUCCUUUACACCCCAACAUCAUCAUGCAUAUUCUCUAUACUGUUUUCUUUAUAUUUCCUAGGUUCUAGCUGUCAACCGCUUACAAACAGCACUUGGCUUAAGAAAAGGAACAGAAAAAGAGGAAGUCGAAAUUAAGAGCACGCCCUCUAGUGUAGUUGCCUCUUCAAAAACCGAAGUGGUCGCUGACACAAGUUCUUCUGAGAUACCAACCCGGUUCGAAAGUGAUAGUCUUGAGGGAAGGUACAUUAUGAAGCUUGAAAGAAGAUUAGCGUACCUCGAAAACUUGAUACCUCAAUGCUACGCACGUCAUGAAGAAGAUGCAAUAUUCAAGCAAAAGUUGCAGGAGAAAAUCCACCAGCUUGAAUCGCAACUAGAAGAAGAAGAAAUCUUCAAACAAAAAUUGCAUAGGAAGAUUGAUCAGCUUGCAUCACAACUACAAGAAAGGGAUCAUUACAGACAGAACGAUCAGAAGACCACUAGGCAAGCUGGAAAAAUGGCCCAACUUCGGAAGACGCUGGAAAACGAAAUGACCCAGUGCCACUCACAGUUGAAAGGUAUGGGUGAAAUUGAGGCCGUAGACCAGGAACAUUUGCAGGACCAUGCGCAGUUAAAAGAAGCAGAUAGCGGUGGCGAGGAAACGGAGAAGAAGGUGGCCAAGGACAGUUAUUCACAUUUGAAAGAAUCGUGUUGUAGUAAAGAGAGGGUGGAGGUAACGGCUGCCGAGCUCCAGCUGGUAAAAGAAGUGCAUCGUCUAAAAGAGAACAUAGAGAAAGAAUUACAGGACACAAAGAGGAAAACUGAUAGACAUUUUAAGACAAUAGAGAGGAAGGAAGACGAGGACGCUUUACAGUUGGGUGAGCUGAAUUUUCGUCAAGAGGGGAGAGAGAAGACAAUGGCGCAGCUCCAUUCAAAAGCAAAAGAAAAGGAUCAUCAAAAGGAGAACAAAGAGCAAGAAAUACAGGGCGCAAAGGAACUGUUAAAAGAAAUCGAUAAACGUGUCGAGGGAAACGAGAAGAAGGUGGCCGAAUACGCUUUACAGUUGGAUAAGAUGAGUUCUCGUAUAGAGAAGAUAGAGAAAACGAAUGACCAGUUUCAUUCACAGAUGGUAAAAGAAACGAAUCAUCAACUAGAGAAGAUGGAGAAGGAAAUACGGGAUUUAAAAGAGCUCAUUAAAGGAAUUUGUCAACGCACCGAGAAAGUGGAAAAGAAACAGGCCGACCAGGGUUCCCACCUGGAAGAAAUGGAUUCUCGCGUAGAGCGGAUGAAGACGGCAAUUGAUCAGUUCCAUUUACAGUUGGAAGAAUUGCGAAGUUUCCUGGAGGAAAAAAUGAGGAAUGAAAUGCGAGAUGUAGUAGAUGAAGUCGAGAACCAACGCGUAUUCCUCUCCACCCAUGAAGAGAAUAUGGCCCUUCUUCGCCGUGCUCUUGGUAACCUUAAUCUAAUGUUUCAGCGUGAUGUCAGCACUUUGAAUAGGCGAGUUGAUACCUUACUCGUAAGUAAUGGUCCAGUUGUACCCAAUGGGGUUGGAUAAGUCCUUCUCGUUUAAUGGCUUAUUGACGGUUAGUAUACCUUCCCGGUGAAUACGCGUGAACAUUACACAAUUCUGCUCAAAACUCUAGAAUUUUGCUCGGCAGUUAAAGAAAGCCUGAAAUUUACCUCAAUAAGACUGAAAAAUUUUCACAGGAUAUGUUUCAGGAAAUAUUAGUCACAUUUGCUUUGUAUUGGACUUUCAAUUUUUCGUAUAGCUGUCAUGUAUAACAUCGAUAUCACAUAUAAUGAUUUUCCGUUACUCUGCGUUAGUCACGCUCGAAAAUUUCUCAUUCUGUGAGUUAAUCUAAGCCAAGUACAGUAUGCUUGUGAUCUUUCACCUUUGUGAACUCUUGUCUCCAUUAUAGUAAAUGGUGCUGUUCUGUUGGUAGAGUGCACCAAUCGAAGGUUGGCACGCAUACGUUCUUUGUUUGGCAACGAGCAUGUUUAAUUGCGGUUGUUGGCGCAGUGCUUUUUGUGUGUACAUCAGCUGGCCAAAACUUUCCUAGGGUGAAUAUAUACUUGCAUUCUAAGUAAAAAACGACAAGGAAAUUUUUUCCUUUUUUUUCCAGUUUUUUUUUAAGAGUGACUCACUGAUUAGUUGCCCAAAAUAUGGAUAGGGCACAGACUGCUCUUCAGCUAAAAACAUCUGCAAUAAUAUUUUGUACUCUUUUUGAUUUUGUUAGUAUAGCCAGGCUAAGCCUGAACAAAGUAGUGAUUUAAACAAUGAGUAGCACUGGAAAAGUCAACUUUUGGCUGGAAAAAGCUGCAAUAUAUUUGAUGAGAUUGCUCUGUCUUAUGUCAGAGUCACAAUCAGGCUAAGCCUGCGUGAAAUGGCGUUUUUUAACCCUUCAACUCCCAGAUCAAAUUUUUCAUUCUCCUUACUGUCAACCAUACAAUUCCUAUAAUGUUAGUUCCGAGAAUUUAGUAUUGGAUCAACUGAUUAUCCCCAAUUUGAUAUUUUUCUUUAUUCUUAUCACUUAGCUGGUUGAUAUUGUAUUGAUAUUGUAAGGAGAAAUUCUGUCUUGGUCACUCAUGGGAGUUAAAGGGUUAACAGUUAUUAGAAUAAGAUAAGCUAAAUGACCGAAAGUAUUUGUAACAACAGAGAACUUCACAAUAAAGUAGCCAAAGUAAUCUAGGAUUUCAAUAUAGUUUUGAUUUCCUUUGCCCUGUGAUUGGUCAAGAGAACACACAACUCUCUCAACCUCUCUCAAUACCAAAAAAAAAAAAGAACAUGUACGAUUUAGACGCUUUUGUUUUCCCGCCUUUUGGAUAGCUUGCGUGUUUCAACUGAGUUUUCAUUGGCUAAAAGUCAUAUUUUUCUUGGUUAUGAUUGGCUUCCAUGAUUACUUUGGGUUUGCAUUGGUUUCUCAACACUAAAUCGAUAUCUCUUUAUUGUUAUAAGGUACUUUUUUAAGUUAAAGUAGCCAUGCGUGUAGUUUUUUGUCAGCAUAGAACAACAAGACUGAGCCAAGCCUGAUGAAAUAUUGUUUAAAACACUCACUAGAAUUAUAAAUAUUAGUCGAACUUCACAGAAAGAAAAAAAAAGAAAAAGUUACACACAUACUUUCAAGAGCUGAUGUUAUUUUUUACGUAGUUUUUUUUUCCUUUUUGUAUUUCUGGUAUAUAAAACCAGGCAAAUAUGCUGAUUGAAAUAAUGUAUUAGACUUUUGAUGAUAUUCCUAUAAGUUCUAUGAUUAAUGGUAAAUUUGGGUAAGGAUAGCAUAAUGUAUUCUCUUUUAGCCUUUGUAGAGUGCAACUAGACUUAAUAGUGUCUCGCACCAUGGUUAUAAUCAAUAGUGGCAAGUAGAAUAUGUUAGAAUAUGUUUCAUUGUCCACCAGGCCAGCUAAUUUAAAGUUUGUAUGGUACUCUCUUUUGAUUUGAAAAUUAGAUUAAGGUCUCGCGGUUAAUAUUAUUAGAAUGGCGAGGAAACUAGUUAGCUGGAUUGAUUAAUGGGAUUUAAAGUGUAACCUAGAAUUUUUCAAGUAAUUUAUUCAGGAAGCUAGAUAUUUUUUUUGAAUCCUGAACAAAUAGACCUAAUAAAGUGUAUUGAACAUUUGAAGUACUUCGAGUUUGUUGUUAU